UGGCCACCCCUCUGUUCUGUCUCCCCACACCACCAUGCGGGUGACAGUGGUGAUCCGGUACGUGGCUCUGCUCGUCACGCUGCUGGGCACGUGGUUCAUGGUGCAGACGUACUUCGAGGGGAGCUGGAGAGCCAUCAGCCUGCGAAGCUGGCUUGGUAUCACCAGCAAGCCCAACAGCAAGCAGCUGCGCCAGCACAAGUGUGGGAACCAGGACUGCUCCAGCACCCAUUUUGCCUUCAAGAUCAUCAGCGGUGCUGCAAACGUGGUGGGACCCUCCAUCUGCUUCGACGGCGUGAUCCUCAUGAGCAGUGUGAAAAAUAACAUUGGCAGAGGCCUGAACAUCGUGCUGGUGAACGGAACAAAUGGGCAGCUCCUGAAAGCUGACACGUUCGACAUGUACUCUGGAGACAUUAACAAACUGGAUACCUUCCUCAGACAGAUCAAGGAUGGCACCAUCGUGCUGACAGCCAGCUACGAUGAUGCUGCCACAAAGAUGAAUGAUAAAGUGCGGGCACUCUUCACAGAGCUGGGCAGCAGCCACGUGAGCAAGUUGGGCUUCCGGGACAACUGGGUCUUCGUGGGAGCCAAAGGGCUGAAGAAGAAGAGCCCCUUUGAAGAGCACAUCAAAAACAAUAAGGACACAAAUAAAUACAAUGGCUGGCCUGAGCUACUGGAGUUGGAGGGUUGUGUCCCCAGGAAGAUGAAUUAG